ACGGGCAGAGGACGGAGACUGGAUAGCACGUACAAACAAAUGGAUACACGACGCCGGUAAAUAAAAACACUCGCCGACUGGGAUUGCUGAGUCAGCCUCAAACCCGAAAUUCGCCAAGUCGUGCGCAUCCUCUUCUUCCCCAACCACAUUCCUUUCCUUUCCUCCAAGCACCAAAGUCACUCCUUUCAUGGCAGGCAAGCGAGGUCGAGGCCGCGGGCAUGGCCGCGGGGGUAAAGGUGGCGGCAAUGGUCGAGCUAUAGCAGGAAAGAUAAGUGUCGAGCUUCCGCCCGGCGUUGAGCCCCCGCCCAGCGUCGAGCUUCCGUCGCGCGUCACACGCGAGGCAAACAAGACAGCUCACCCGGGUCUCCUUGACGCGAAGCAGCCUCGGCGUACUGCCGCAGAGAUGGAGGAGGCUCGUGCGGCUGAAGUCGCGCAGGAUGCAGCCAAGGAGCAGCAGCGCCAAGCGGCACUGCAGAAGGUCGCCACCGAGGAGGACGCCAUGAGGCGCGAGGAUGCCAGGCGCGCCCUGGAGGCAUUCACGGGCCCCGCGACCCGUCAGGCUGUUAGCCAGCUAAAGGAGGCCGCCGAGACAAGCGCCGAAGUACCUUCCUCCACUGAGGACAGUGAUGUCGUGAUGCUUGACGGUAGCUCGGAUUCAGCCAGCGAAGUCGUUUCCAGCCCAGACUCUGACGCCUACGUGCCUCCACCAGGGGCUGAAGUCGAAGAGUCCGUGGCGAAGGCGAAGACGAAGAAACAGCACAAGAAGUUGACGCGGGAGGACGUGCGGACCCAGCGGCAGACGAGCGACGAACCGCCCGUGAGUAGUAUCGUGGCCGCAGGAGACAAGUCGAACAAGCGCAAGGCCGCGGGCGUCGCCGAUAAUCUGCCCGCGAAGAAAUGCAAGAAAGCACCCCCAAAGCCUGGGGGGAUCGACACGAAGGCCCUCAAGGAAGUCAAGGACGCGGCCGAUCACGCGAAGAAGACCAAUGACGAUUCGAUGGUUCGCGUGGGGGGCUUCGCUGAAGACGACUAGUAAACUGGCCGUUCGGCAUGUACGAGACCUGCGAGUGGGCAGUCCUCGGAAAAAAGCCGAAUCCGGACGAAGCCAGUCGCGUGCCUCGUACUGUAGCGCUGUCUGACGGUGCUCCUGCACUGAAGUUACAUAUGUACUGUAUAUAACGUAUCAGAUACAUACAAUCAUUUCAAGUCUGCAGAUUCCGCAGGAAUAUGUGUAG